GGCUCCGCCCACUGCCUCCGCCCUCUGCUCGCACUACCGGUGAACAUGGCUGCUGCCGUGCCCUCAUCUGCCGUCUCUGCUGCUGCCGCUGCCCAGGACGAGCUGAAUCAGCUUGAACGUGUGUUUUUACGCCUCGGCCAUGCCGAAACCGAUGAGCAGCUGCAAAGUAUUAUAUCCAAAUUCUUGCCCCCAGUUCUCCUCAAAUUGUCAAGUGCACAGGAGGGAGUACGGAAGAAGGUUAUGGAAUUACUCGUUCACUUGAACAAAAGAAUAAAGAGUCGUCCGAAGAUUCAGUUACCUGUGGAGACCCUUUUAGUGCAGUACCAAGACCCAGCUGCUGUUUCCUUUGUGACGAAUUUUACAAUAAUCUAUAUAAAAAUGGGAUACCCUCGUCUGCCAAUUGAAAAACAGCGUGAGCUGGCACCUAGUCUCCUGACAGCAAUGGAAGGGCGACCUCAACCACAGCAAGAUAGCUUAAUGCAUCUUCUGAUACCAACCCUAUUUCAUAUUAAAUAUUCCAAGGAAGCCAACAAGUCCACAACAGUUUUUAACCUUGCUGAAAAACCAAAGACUGUGCAACUACUUCUGGAUUUCAUGUUGGAUGUUCUUCUGAUGCCUUAUGGGUUUAUCUUGAAUGAACCCCAGAAUCGCCAAAGUGCAUCACCUGGACAGGGAUCGUCAUCAGGAGGGACAAGUGGAGUAGGCAUUCCCCAACCACCUCCUGGCAUGAGUUUUUAUGCAGCCAAGAGGGUUGUUAGUGACAAUCCAUGGACAGCAGAACAGCUAGAACAGUGCAAACUGGGAAUAGUGAAAUUUCUAGAAGCUGAGCAGGUGCCUGAACUGGAAUCCGUUAUUCAUCUGGUAGUUGCCUCCAGUGACACUAGACAUAGCGUGGCUACUGCAGCAGAUCUGGAGCUGAGAAGCAAGCAGAGCCUAAUUGACUGGAAUGAUCCUACAAUAAUUGGUAAAAUGUUCAGAGUUUAUUUGGGAGACAUACCUCUUAAGACAAAGGAGGGGAAUGUCCAGAAGCCAGAACAGAAGAGAGAUCCUGUCAGUACUCGUGUUAAACUGAAGAUUGUGCCACACCUUUUGAGGUCGAGACUGGCAGCGGAGUUAUUUCCAGCCAACAUACAGGUGGUAUAUGAUGGUCUGUUUGGUGGAAACACAAAUGCCAAGUUAAGGAUGUUAUCUCUGCAAUUUGUGCACCAUCUCUGUUCAACAUGCCCUGAUAACAAAAUAAAACCUCUGGGUCCCAUGCUUCUGAAUGGCCUCACAAAGCUGAUCAAUGAGUAUAAGGAGGAUCCAAAGUUGCUGUCAAUGGCUUAUAGCGGUGUUGGUAAACUCUCUGGUCGAAUGCCUCAGCUUUUCACCAAGGACCUUGCGUUAGUUCAGCAGUUCUUUGAAGCCUUGCGGAAGAUUCUGGAUGGUUGUGUUCACUAUUCUACAAACAUGGAGGAAAUGGAUGUGAGGCUUUCAAUACAGGAAGCCCUAUCUAUGAUGGUUGGAGCUUAUACAAACUUGGAAGGUGCUCAGCUAACGCUAAUGGAAGCACUGGUUGGAUCAUAUUUGGUGAAGCCAGAAGUUCAAGUUCGACAAGUAGCCGUGAAAUUUGCAAGCAGUGUUUUUCCCCCUAACCACAUACCUUCCAGAUACUUGCUGUUGCUAUCUGCAGGAGACCCACGAGAAGAGGUUUAUGGAGAAGCACAGAGAGCACUCAGGUCAUUUUCUGUUGGGGAUAAAGAUGUUUCUUCAUCAAAACUUCCCUCUUUCCCAGUGAUGGUCAGCCACAUAGUAGAAAAGGCUUCCAGUCGGAUGAAGACUCCUGUAAAAUUUGUAACGGCCACAUCUGUGCUACCAUUUAACCCUGCAGCAUUUUUAGAGAUAAUCCUUUAUUUAAGAAUGUGCCUGGCUCAUGGUGCUGGUUUGGACCCAACAUGUCAGUCAUUGGCAGACAUGCAAGAUCAAGCUCCAGCUAUUGGACGUUAUGUGAGAGAACUAAUGACUAACGGCUUCACUGAUCUGGAGUCCACCAACUCGAAGAUAGAAGACAUGAACCCUGUGGAAAUGUACAUAAGCCUUAUGCAGCAACUGUUGUCUUCAGCUGGAGGCUUGCAAGUUAUGUAUUGCCUUUUGGAAGCAGUGUCCGUGUAUCCACAGAAGUUAGCUACCACUCUGUUGGACAAAGUAGACUGGAUAAAAAGUUUAAUGAUUUCUAACAAGGAAGAGAUGCGGGAGCUGGCAGCUCAGCUGUAUGCUGUAGUUGUUUCUACUCUACCUAGUUCUGAGAUAAAGUCAAAACUGCAGAACCUUAUCAAGAGUGCCAAGGAUGUACAUAACCCAGAGGCUCAGCAUGGCUCCAUCUUGGCAUUGGGCUACCUGAUUUGGAGAUAUUUAGAUAAAUGUCACUUGAAUAAAGAUGAGCUGGAAAGUAUGGAGACCUCUGGACCCAUCUCUAUAUAUAACGAGGAUGAAAUCAUCCAGACUUGUGUGGAAACCAUUGGCACGUUUUUGGACAAUUCAUCUCCUUUGUUGUCAGUUGCUGCAGCUACAGCUUUAGGAGAGAUUGGACGGAAUGGAUCACUUCCCAUACCUGAUGAAGGCCCUGGCCUCACCAAGAAGCAGCUUGUAGAAAAUCUAUUGGGAAGGAUAACAUCUGGCAAAGAAACUAAUAAGGCAAAAGAACGAGCCAUAAAGACAUUGGGCUACUUUCCUGUUGGGGAUGGAAGGUUCCCUCAUCAGAAGAUGUUGUUGCAGGGACUCAUGGAGUCGGUGGAAGCAAAACAAAUUGAGCUUCAAUUUACAAUUGGGGAAGCCAUCACUAAUGCAGCUGUUGGUAAAAAAUCUGCAGGAGCCAGAGAUAUUUGGAUGGUUGCUGAAGACGACUAUUGCCCACGUGCAGAUGAAAAGGACAACGAUUUGGUCUCAUGGGUUUUGAGCCAGAUUCUCGACAAGUAUGUUGUCAGUGUAAAUCCACAUGUCCGGCAGGCUGCAUGUAUAUGGCUGCUGUCUCUAGUGAAGAAACUGAGUGAACAUGUAGAAAUAAAGACAAAGCUUAAGGAAAUUCAAAGUGCCUUUAUAUCUGUUCUAUCUGAAAAUGAUGAACUUAGCCAAGAUGUUGCAUCGAAAGGUCUUGGGUUGGUAUAUGAACUGGGCACUGAACAAGACCAACAGGAGCUCGUGUCCAUACUUGUGGACACUCUUAUGACUGGGAAAAGAGCAAAGCAUGAAAUAUCUGGUGAUACAGAGGUGUUUCAGGGCACCUCCAUUGGUAAAACCCCUGAUGGGCAGGGACUGUCUACAUAUAAAGAACUGUGUGCACUGGCCAGUGACCUUAGUCAACCAGACCUUGUAUACAAGUUCAUGAAUCUUGCUAACCAUCAUGCUAUGUGGACAUCACGGAAGGGUGCAGCAUUUGGCUUUAAUGUGAUUGCUACAAAGGCUGGGGAACAACUUGCACCAUUCUUGCCGCAACUCGUUCCACGAUUGUAUCGUUAUCAGUUUGACCCAAACACUGGAGUUCGGCAGGCUAUGACAAGCAUCUGGAAUGCUCUGGUUACAGACAAGGCUACUGUUGAUAAAUAUUUAACUGAAAUUCUCCAAGAUUUGAUAAAUAAUCUGACGAGUAAUAUGUGGAGAGUCCGUGAAUCGAGUUGUUUAGCAGUAAAUGACCUACUGCGUGGUCGUCAGCUUGAUGACGUUGUUGAUAAGCUUCCUGAGAUCUGGGAAACCCUCUUCAGAGUACAAGAUGAUAUAAAGGAGUCUGUCCGGAAAGCAGCAGAGUUGGCUUUGAAAACUCUGAGCAAGGUGUGUAUAAAGAUGUGUGAAUCCAGCAAGGGAACAGCUGGGCAGAAAACAAUUGCUGUGCUUCUGCCUUGCCUUCUGGACAAAGGGAUCAUGAGCACAGUGGCUGAAGUCCGUGCACUCAGCAUUAACACGCUUGUGAAAAUAAGUAAAGGCGCAGGAGAAUUGCUGAAGCCCCAUACCCCAAAGCUCAUUCCUGCUUUGUUAGAAUCCCUAAGUGUUUUGGAACCUCAAGUGCUGAAUUAUUUGAGUCUCAGAGCUACAGAUCAGGAGAAGGCUGCUAUGGACAGUGCAAGACUGAAUGCUGCCAAAUCUUCCCCAAUGAUGGAAACUAUAAAUAUGUGUAUUCAACACCUGGAUGUUCCUGUCCUGGCUGAACUUGUCCCGAGGCUGUGCGACUUGAUUAAAAGUGGACUUGGUCUAGGUACAAAGGGUGGAUGUGCCAGUGUUGUUGUUUCUUUAACAACACAAUGUCCCCAGGACUUAAUGCCUUAUUCUGGCAAACUUAUGACUGCUUUAUUAAGUGGACUAAGUGAUCGAAACAGCGUAGUACAGAAAUCGUAUGCCUUUGCCCUGGGGCAUUUAGUUCGGACUACUCGGGAUACCAGCACAGAGAAAUUACUCCAGAAGUUAAGUGCCUGGUACAUGGAAAAAGAAGAACCAGUAUACAGAAGUGGAUGCACUUUAACCAUUCAUGCUAUCAGUCGCUACAGUCCUGAUGUGCUGAAGAACCACUCAGGUUUUGUGUUACCACUGGCAUUUCUUGCUAUGCAUGAGGCGUCCGAUGAAGAAAAGGGAGACAAAGAUGAUGCAAACCUUUGGAGAGAAGUGUGGCAAGAGAAUGUGCCAGGAAGUAUCGGUGGUGGUAUUCGUUUGUACAUGAAGGAGCUAAUUGACAUUACUCAGAAAGCCUUGCAGUCUCCAUCUUGGAAGAUGAAAGCACAGGGUGCUGCUGCCAUUGCUUCCAUAGCCAAACAACAAACUGGUUCCUUGGUUCCUCCACACUUGGGAAUGGUUCUCAACACGCUUCUGCAGGGUCUGCCAGGAAGGACGUGGGCUGGCAAGGAAGAACUUCUAAAAGCUAUUGGAACUGUGGUUUCCAGUUGUAGCAAACAGUUGAAGGAAGGUGCUAAUGAACAGCCCACUAUAGAUGAUAUAAUUCAGGCUGUACUAAAAGAAUGUCGGAAAGAAAAUGUCAAGUACAAGAUAGUUGCUCUCAAGUGUGCUGCUGAUGUACUUGAAUCUACUAAGGAGGAUCGCUUCCAGGAGAUGACAGAUAUCCUCUUUCCCUUGAUAAAAAAGACUUCACUAGAAACUGUGGGAGCGCGGUCAGUAAAAGAGGAAGACGAUGUGGAUGAGAAAGCAAGAGAGUUGCAGACAGAGUCCCUAUUGUGUGCCUUCUCAACUCUAGGCAAGGCUUGGCCCAGGAACCCUGCUACUCAGUGCUGCUAUCGGUUCGAAGUGUGCAAGCUAAUGUGUGAAAGACUAAAACUGAGCACAUGGAAGGUCCAGCAUGCUGUGCUUCAGUCUAUGACUGCCUACUUUCAGGGGUUAUUGAUUUUAGAAAAGGAGCACUCAGACAUUGUGGCCCUUACAGAAAUCCUCUCAGAAGCCUGUCCAGCGAUAGCACAUUCACUAGAAAAUAAGAAUUAUUCAUCCGUAAGAACAGAAGCCCUCUCUGUAUUGGAACUACUAAUAAAGAAACUUGAAGAUUCAAAACAGUGGGAAAGUCUUACAGUAGAAAACAGACACUUGUUAAUUAUUUCUUUAUCUACAAUGGAACAGGAUAGCAGGCCUGAUCUGAAAGACAAAGGAUUAUUACUAAAGAAACGAAUAGAGAGCUUAAACUAAAAUCAUUUGUCUACAUUACUGUGCAAUUCAUGUGCUGUGGAUUUUGAAUUCUGUUCUUUCCAAGUUUGCAUAUGUUCUAUAGCAUGCAUCAUUCCAUGCCUACAAUAAAUGUCCAUGAAUUAUUUUCUUGUACAUUUUUCUAAUCUUCAUCUAUAACUGUUUAUAAAUUGCCGAAGGCCUAUCUACAA